AUGACUAGUGCGCGAGUGAUCGAUGCACUUUUUGAACGCACGGUCGACAUUGUGCAGUCACUACCGCCGAAUGGGCCGAUCCAAACAUCAUAUGAAGAAAAACUCGUGCUGUAUGGACUCUAUAAACAGGGUAUGAUAUUUUGGCCAUAG